CCCGAGCUCCAACUUCUCUUCCGCCGCCGCAACUUUGACCAGACCAUUCAUCGACCAAGGGUUCCCCAUCACCGACAUUCUGUAAUAUCUCCAAUUGAAAAGACUUCAAUAUUUCGGAAAACUGCUAUUCGACUCGCCGUCUACGAUAUUCACUCCCAAAGGCGCACCCACCUCCGAAGCCAAUAACCCCAAACCCCCGAACGUGCUCAGAAAGCAACAAACACCGACCAUGGCACAACCAACAACCCCCCAAACCCUCCGCUCCAUCUACCGCCGCCUCCUCCGCGAACUCCCGUCCACACGUCCCUCUCCAAGCCAUUCCGCACGCCGCUCCACUGCGCACCAAAAGCUAUCCGCCCCCUCGCUCCUCCAACAACGGCUCCGCUCCACAUUCUCCACCCCCACAGAGGCGAGCCAAACCGCGCAAGUGCAGAUGGCGGAACAGGCGAUUCAAUACGUACAAGCGCAGCGCAUGUAUGCGACGUUGAUUGAGCGGUAUAAUCCAGGCAUGGGUAUGAGUGAGGAGGAGAGGGUGAGGUUGACGGCGAGGAAGGUAGGGAUGGAUUUGCCGCCCGAGUUUUCGCGAUAA